UCCGUAUGCGUAUAGGUAUAUGCAUUACCUCGUAUGCGCAGCGAUUCAAGCAUCCUCUGCUAGACUCAAAUAUAUAAACCCGUCACCUCAGAGUACAACCGAUAAUAUUUCCAACAACUCUAAUCAUCAAAAUGCUUCUCAAUUCAGCCCUAGAACUCCUCGUGGGACUCGCCCUCACCCUCUCUGCCAAUGCAGCACCACAGCCCGUCACCGCAUCCGAUCUCAGCCUAACAGCCAAACUACGACUCGCAGACACUGCCAUUGAACGCUACGAGCUGCUCCCCGACGACAACGAUUUCGUCUUCGACUUCACCAAAAGCGAUACUCCCGUCGCCAGCAGCCAGAACUGGCCUGCUCUUGUUGGCGUCGGUGCUUCAUUCAGUAUUGGACAGUUACCUGCAUGCAGCAUGGCCUUCCUACACCUGCACCCACGCGCAACAGAGCUCUUCUCCCUCUCCUCCGGGCACAUCCUCUCCGAAAUGGUGCCCCAAGGCGGCGUGCUCGACUCCAACAAGACCCAGCGAGUGAUAAACACAGAACUCCACGCCGGUAUGGUUACGGUCUACCCGGCAGGCUCGUUCCACUCGCAGAUCAAUCCAGACUGCGAGCCGGCGAAUUUCACGGCUGCGUUUAACAGCGAGGAGUUUGCGGCGAGUCUCGUUGCGGGCCAGGUGUUUGCGUUGCCGGAUGAUGUUGUUGAGAGGACGUUUGGGGGGAGUAUUGCGGGGGAAGAUAUCGAGAGGGUUAGGAAUGCGAUUCCGGUGGAUAUGGCGAUUAAGGUGGAGGAGUGUUUGGCCAAGUGUGGGAUUGAGAAGAGGUAGAUUUACUUUUGAAGGCUGGAGAGUUG